AUGGCCGCCCAAGUCGCAGACGGCGCCUCGGCCGCCACUGCACCCGGCCACGGCGACCUCCAAGCCCUCAUCCUCAAGAACGCCCGCAAGACCAAGGCGCUCUACGCCGACACUGCCGCCGGCAAGCGCAUCAGGCUCGACCCCACAAACGACCCGGACAUCGACAAGAGCGCGCUCUCGAUCCGCUUCCACGCCGAGUACAGCGACGUCCAGACCCUGCCCGAGCCGCUCGCGUCCAAGCAGGCCGCCGCAGCCGGCGCGCGCAAGAAGGCAGGCAAGAAGCCCGCGGCGGGGGGAGCGGCAGCGGCAGCGGCGGACGCGAGCACCGACGGCGAGGACAAGGCGCGCAAGAUGAUCGAGGGCAUCCAGGAGAGCAGACCGGCGAGACAACCGGGCCAGGGAGGAGGCGGCCCGCAGACGGGCGCGCUCAUGCUGAGCAAGCGGGCCCCCGGCCAGGCAGGCGGCGGCGGCGCCAAGGGCCAGCCGGGCCAGCAGCUCGUGCGCGCGCAGGACGUGCACGUGCAGCCGCGGCCGGACUGGCACCCGCCGUGGAAGCUGAUGCGCGUCAUCUCGGGCCACCUGGGCUGGGUGCGCGCGCUGGCCGUCGAGCCCGACAACAAGUGGUUCGCCUCGGGCGCCGGCGACCGCACCAUCAAGAUCUGGGACAUGGUCUCGGGCCAGCUGCGCCUCACGCUGACGGGCCACAUCUCGACGGUCCGCGGGCUCGCAGUCUCCCCGCGCCACCCGUACCUCUUCUCCUGCGGCGAGGACAAGAUGGUCAAGUGCUGGGACCUCGAGACCAACAAGGUCAUCCGGCACUACCACGGCCACCUGAGCGGCGUCUACACCCUGGCCCUGCACCCGACGCUCGACGUGCUCGUGACGGGCGGCCGCGACGGCGUCGCCCGCGUCUGGGACAUGCGCACGCGCAGCAACAUCCACGUGCUCGCGGGCCACACCCAGACCGUCUCGGACCUCAUCUGCCAGGAGGCCGACCCGCAGGUCAUCACGGGCUCGCUCGACAGCACCGUGCGCAUGUGGGACCUGGCCGCCGGCAAGACCAUGGGCGUCCUGACGCACCACAAGAAGGGCGUGCGCGCCCUGGCCGCCCACCCGACCGAGUUCACCUUUGCCAGCGGCAGCACGGGCAGCAUCAAGCAGUGGAAGUGCCCCGAGGGCGCCUUCAUGCAGAACUUUGAGGGCCAGAACGCCAUCAUCAACUCGCUGUCCGUCAACGCCGACAACGUGCUCUUCUCGGGCGGCGACAACGGCUCCAUGAGCUUCUGGGACUGGAAGACGGGCUACCGCUUCCAGGCCCUCGACACCACGGCCCAGCCGGGCUCCCUCGACGCCGAGAGCGGCGUCAUGAGCUCCACCUUUGACAGGAGCGGCCUGAGGCUGAUUGUGGGCGAGGCGGACAAGACGAUCAAGAUCUGGAGGCCGGACGACCAGGCGACGCCGCAGACGCAUCCCGUCGACUGGAAGCCGGCCAUCGGGCGGAGGAAGUAUUGA